UGCUACUGCUGUCGCCGCGUACAGUAACAGUCGCGUAAAGUUGUGUAAACGUUCCGAAAUCUCAUGUAGCGUACGUUGGGGUUGGUACAGUAACGUGUACGAGCGAGAUUUCAAAUCGUAUUCCUCAACGUAUCGCGCGUGCGCGCGCGUAUCUACGACGUGAGCGAGCGAGACUGAGGAAUGCAAGAUCAAGCGAUUCGUGUCGCCGCCACCGUCAUUGCGACGGUGAAGAUGCGGUGAAGUUUGCCACGGAAGAACGAGAGCUAUCAGCCAGGCAGGCGGGCGGACACAGUGCGGCAGCGUCACAAAAAUCGGCCAUCUUGCUUAGUGCACGCUUAGCUCUCGUAACGUAGAGUUGAGUCGCUUCUGUCAACUACCCUUUUCGGGAGGUCGUGUGUGCGGGCGGUGGCAGAGCAGCAGCUCUCCAGGUGGUGCGCUGUAAGCAUAUCGCAAUCACAGCUGUGGAGAAGAGAUAAAGAGAGAGAAAAAAAGUGUGUGUGUGUUGUGUGUAUGUGUGUUGUGUGUGCGCGUGCGUGCGUGUAAUACGAGUGGUGUAACGCAAAUUACACGAUUCCGACGACAGGAUGUCGGGCAACACGGGUAUGGAACAGUUGAUUCCGAUCGUGAACAAGCUGCAGGAUGCGUUCACACAACUCGGUGUGCAUAUGCAGCUCGAUCUGCCGCAGAUCGCUGUGGUGGGCGGCCAGAGCGCGGGCAAGAGCUCCGUGCUUGAGAAUUUCGUCGGCAAAGAUUUCUUGCCUAGAGGUUCAGGCAUUGUGACAAGAAGACCUCUCAUCUUACAAUUGAUUAACUGCCCAACUGAAUAUGCAGAGUUUUUGCAUUGUAAAGGUAAAAAAUUUGUAGAUUUUGAUGAGGUACGGAAAGAAAUUGAAGCAGAAACAGACAGAGUGACUGGAAGUAAUAAGGGCAUUUCUAAUAUACCAAUUAAUCUCAGAGUAUAUUCACCCAACGUUCUAAAUUUGACAUUAAUUGAUUUACCUGGACUUACAAAAGUACCAAUUGGAGAUCAGCCAGCAGAUAUAGAAGCCCAAAUUAAAGCCAUGAUCUUUCAAUUUAUCAAACGUGAAAAUUGUCUCAUAUUGGCAGUCACACCAGCCAAUACUGAUUUAGCUAAUAGCGAUGCUCUUAAACUUGCUAAAGAAGUGGAUGCACAAGGUGUACGUACAAUUGGUGUUAUUACUAAACUGGAUCUCAUGGACGAUGGCACUGAUGCAAGAGAUAUUUUGGAAAAUAAAUUAUUGCCAUUGAGAAGAGGUUAUAUUGGUGUUGUUAAUAGAAGUCAAAAGGAUAUAGAAGGACGAAAGGAUAUUAAAAAUGCUUUAGCCGCUGAGCGAAAGUUUUUUCUUAGCCAUCCGUCUUAUCGUCAUCUAGCAGACAGAUUGGGUACACCAUAUUUGCAGAGAGUUCUCAAUCAACAAUUAACGAAUCAUAUCAGGGAUACCUUGCCAGCUCUAAGAGAUAGAUUACAAAAGCAACAGUUAACUUUAGAGAAAGAUGUCGAACAGUACAAACAUUUCAGGCCUGAUGAUCCUGCAAUCAAAACAAAGGCUAUGUUACAGAUGAUACAGCAGCUUCAAUCAGAUUUCGAGAGAACUAUAGAAGGCUCAGGUUCAGCACAAAUUAAUACUAUGGAACUCAGUGGUGGUGCGAAAAUCAACAGACUUUUCCACGAGCGUUUCCCGUUCGAAAUUGUUAAAAUGGAAUUUGAUGAAAAAGAAUUAAGAAAAGAAAUUGCUUUCGCCAUCAGAAAUAUACAUGGCAUCAGGGUGGGAUUGUUUACCCCAGACAUGGCUUUUGAAGCAAUAGUCAAAAAACAAAUAAACAGACUUAAAGAACCAAGUCUCAAGUGUGUAGAUUUAGUCGUGCAAGAACUUAGUAAUGUUGUACGCAUUUGUACAGAUAGGAUGUCGCGUUAUCCCAGACUAAGAGAAGAAACGGAACGUAUCAUAACGACAUACGUCAGGCAGCGCGAGCAAAUGUGUAAAGAGCAACUGAUCUUAUUGGUGGAUUGCGAGCUUGCAUAUAUGAAUACGAAUCAUGAAGAUUUCAUCGGUUUUGCGAACAGCGCUGCAACCAGUAGCCAUAAUGCAAGUGCACAGCAAUCCUCGGAGAAUGCUGUUAAAUCUGGGCGGCACACAUUAGGCAAUCAAGUAAUUCGUAAAGGUUAUAUGUGCAUACAUAAUCUCGGUAUUAUGAAGGGUGGUUCGAGAGAUUACUGGUUUGUUUUAACAUCAGAAAGUAUCUCCUGGUUUAAGGACGAAGAAGAACGUGAAAAGAAAUAUAUGUUGCCUUUGGAUGGACUAAAAUUACGUGAUUUAGAACAAGGUUUCAUGUCGCGUCGUCAUCUGUUUGCGUUAUUCAAUCCAGAAGGAAGAAAUGUUUAUAAGGAUUACAAACAAUUGGAGUUAAGUUGUGAAACACAAGAUGAUGUUGACUCUUGGAAGGCGUCAUUCCUGAGGGCUGGUGUAUAUCCUGAAAAAUCAACAGAGCAAGCAAAUGGUGAAGAGGAUAAGCAGAGGGGUGGUUCAGAGGGUCAAUCAUCAAUGGAUCCUCAACUGGAGCGUCAAGUAGAAACUAUUAGAAACUUAGUAGAUUCUUAUAUGAAGAUUGUCACGAAAACUACUCGCGAUCUGGUUCCAAAGACAAUUAUGCAUCUUAUUAUUAAUAACGCUAAGGAUUUCAUCAAUGGGGAACUGUUGGCACAUCUUUAUGCAAGUGGCGAUCAGGCUUCAAUGAUGGAAGAAUCUCCUGAAGAAGCGCAGAAACGAGAGGAAAUGUUACGCAUGUAUCAUGCAUGCAAAGAGGCGCUUCGUAUCAUUGGAGAUGUCUCUAUGGCCACAGUUUCAACUCCAGUACCACCACCCGUGAAGAACGAUUGGCUGAUAUCCGGCGACAACCCAAGUCUUGGAUUAUCGCCACCAUCUCCUGGUGGUCCAAGACGUGGAGUGACACAGCCACCACCUAUUUCUAGCUCUCGAGCACCACCACCAGUACCUGGAAGCGGCCGGCCAGCACCAGCCAUUCCUAAUAGACCUGGUCCAGGUGGACCACCACCAACGCGAGCUAAUCCUGGCCUACCUCCACCUAUGAUACCAUCUCGAGGGGGUGGUCUACAGCAAAGGAUAACGCAAGCUGCGACACAGGCUGCGACACAGGCUGCUGUGAACGAGCUGAUGGAUGCGUUCAAGAUCAAGCGUCCUGUACCUAAUAUUCCCCCCCGAAUUCCUGACAGACCAUAUUCUGGCCGACUAAACUGAGCUAGUCCGACACAGCAAUGGCAUACAAGACAGCAGCUUGUGCUACACAAGAUGCAACAAUCCGAGACAACAUCAGGAAAGAUCUCGUCCUAAAUGACGGACGAUAGCGAACCGGAUGUACCGCAAGGCAAGGCUGACUGAAGAAAUUCUCAAUUACGCAAUGAGAACACAAAGAUCUCUUAAAGCGAGCGUCUUAUAUUCUGAUCUCAGCGGCUUUGAUGUCGAAGAUUAUAGAUAUUUACCGACAGGAAUCAUGAGAAGUAAUUAGAAACGCAAGAAGGAACCAUUUGUGCAGAGAGAAGAAAGAAUAAGGCUGUGUUAUGCGAAUACUAGAGAAGAAAGAGGAAGAAGAAAGAAGAGACGAAGGUCAGAUGCAAAAAAAUGCUUCCGUUUCUCGAUGAUUGAAACAAUUAGUAAAAUUCUUUCAGUCACUUCUUCAACCAUUUCUUUCUCUGGUGUAUACUUCGACUUCUAUCAUUAUUUAUGACUUAUGUACAGCUAGACUCGCAUUAGUUUAUGAUGUAGUUCUAAGUAUUAACACUGCGCUCGGUACGCGUCAGAUGUAUUUUUAAAAGGAUAAUUUUAUUCGAAACGACAAAUAGAAAUCUUA